UACUCUAUUGCCUUACGCUCUUCAUCAUAUUGUCUUCAGACUUUUGUCGGCAGUGCCGUAACCUUUCUUAAGAACAUAGAGACGCGUUUGGUCGCCAAUUGAACCUUUUUCGAACCGACUCCUUCCUUGCCCUGAAUCCUGAUCACCCAGUCCCCGAACAAGACUCCUGUACCAUCAGUCGCGCCGCCCUGAAUGCAGACUUGCCUCCGAGUUGCUAGAGAAUACUCCCAAGAGCCCUCACGAACCUGAACCUCUUCAAUCCUCUCUUCGGGCAAGAACAGCAGGGACCGGUGAGAUUUCCAAAAUUACACCGCCCGGCCUUGUCGCCUCACCUUCGCCGGACUCGCGUUUCACCUCCAUCGUAUGUGGGCUGGUCGCAAAACAAACAAAGGACCUCAGAAUAUCACAUCCCAGAAUUUUGAGAGACUCACAACACCGACACCUCUGUGCACGAAAGCCGCGGCUGCUGGAAGUCGUCCUUGUCGAAUGUUUACCCGGUUGAUUCAGAAUCAUACAUGCAAGACGAGUCGAGCAGUCACUUAAGAUGGCGGCUCCGCUUGAAGGGCUGCCUCAGGGGAACCCUGGGACAACAAGAUACACGAUAGGCACUCCGCGCCAACAGAAUGAGCCCCUGCAGCAAACAUCCUCAAACGGGACGAGCCAGUACAAUGCGUACGGACAAAACCAGGCAAACGGAAACACAAAUGAUGCUUCAUAUGAUAGCGACGCGAGGCACUCCACAGAAAGCCGCACUGGCAGGAAGAGGUCCUUUGGCGGGCCUGGUGGGAGCGAGAGAAGCAGAUCGAGAACAAAUGGCAGUUCUGGCAAGUCACCUGGCGCUGCGGUGCGUACAUGCAAGAAGUGCGGUGAGCCCUUGACAGGUCAAUUUGUGCGGGCUUUAGGAGGCACAUUCCACCUUGAUUGUUUCAAGUGCGCAGACUGCGGGCAGAUUGUCGCCUCAAAAUUCUUUCCUGUCGAUGCAGAAGACGGAUCUGGACAGUUUCCCCUCUGUGAGACAGACUACUUUCGCCGACUGGACCUCCUAUGUUUCGAAUGCGGUGGUGCUCUUCGAGGAUCCUACAUUACAGCGCUUGACCGCAAAUACCACAUCGAACAUUUUACAUGCUCCGUGUGCCCAACUGUAUUUGGUGCUCAAGACAGCUACUACGAGCAUGAUGGAAAAGUUUAUUGUCAUUUUCACUACUCUACACAAUUUGCACAGCGAUGCAACGGGUGUCAGACAGCCAUCCUCAAGCAGUUUGUCGAGAUCUUCAGGAACGGACAAAAUCAACACUGGCAUCCCGAAUGCUACAUGAUUCACAAAUUUUGGAAUGUGAGGUUAUCUCAGAGUGGAUCGGUUGCGGAGAGGAAAGACAUUAGUGCGCCAGUUACUGAGGAUGAGCGUGAACAAGUUAAAGAAGACGAGGAAAAGAUGGAGGACAAGGUUUAUCGGAUCUGGAGCACUCUAUCUACCUUCGAAGAAUCGUCUGCUUCUUGUAUCUCCGACAUGCUCUUGCACGUCAGCAAUGGCGUCUAUGUCGAUGGAGUUAUUGUGGCUCGGAAAUUUAUCUGGCAUGUUGACAUUCUCUUCGGCGCGAUCGACACCCUUGCGACAUUGGUCACAGCAUCUGGUCUGAAAGAGUUGGCAUAUGGCAGAGAAGCAAAACUGCUCUGCAAGAAGGUAGUGGCAUUCUUUACCCUCCUCUCGAAAACUCAGGAAACUGGCGUACGAAAGCUUGGAGUUACGCAGGAGCUCCUAUCCUUGGUCACUGGCCUGGCGCAUUACCUUAAACUCCUUAUUCGUAUAGGUCUUCAAGGCGCACUGAAAUUGGAGAGAGAGCGUGGAUCUCCUGAAGGGCUACACGCAUUCUUGGACGAACUUGCAGACCUGGAGACAAUCAAAGAUCAGGAGAUGAAGUCGCUCGAUCUAUCGGAAAGCGUUGCAGGACUUGCAAGUCAAGAGUCAGACUGCUGCUCAGCGUGUAUGGAACCCAUUGACGAUGAAUGUGUCAUGAUCUACGGACGUCGUUGGCAUGCAAAGCCACCACAUCUCACCUGCAGCGUAUGUCAGUGCGACUUGACUACUGACCUUCAGUAUGCAGUCUUCAGUGAAAAGGAAGAUAAAGUGUACUGUGGUGACCAUGCCAGACGAGUACAUGAUCCAGUGUCAGGAUUUUCGCAUGUCACCAAGCUUCAACAAUAUGUUUUCCUGCUCCGAGUUGCAUUGGCAAGACUACUGGAGGUCCUCAAGUCUGGCGGCACACUGCCACACACUUCUGACGACCCAAAUCUGACCCCAUACAAUACCACUGAAGGCCACCGCGUUUCGCCGACUGGGGAGAAACUGGCUCCUCAGCCAAAGAUGGGUUCCCGCUCCAGAUCCUAUGCUGGCGCAUCUAGCCAGCAGCAAGAGUCAUCCCUCGAACAAACAGUUGGCGAAAUGAAACGUCUGAGAUCCACCCGAAACGAGCGAACUCUUUCUACGACCUUCCGAAAAGCUCGCGAGUCAAAAGUCCUCUACGGACCAUCAGGAGCUCGUCCAGGGUCUGAGGGAGGAGAAGACCCAGAGGGUCGCGGUCGUGGUGGCUUCCAAAUUGUCGAAGAACGAGAUGUCGAUGGCAGGAUGAGGCCGGAAUUGACCUUUGGUAACCAAGAUGGCUUGACCCUUGAUGACAUUCCUAGAAUCGUGGCUGCCGAACAGGCAAAGGAGCAGCGACCCAAUGCAUUCCGCCAUGCAGGCACAAACCUUAUCGGACACCGAGGCAACGAGCCGAGACUGGUGAACGGCCAUCAAAGAGGAGCAUCGGCGGGCAAUGACCUUCUGGCAGGCGAACCCAGCCCGCUUCGCACCAAGAUCUACUUCUCGGAAUUGUCUGCUCUCGAAUACUUCAUCGUACGACACGUUGCGGUCCUUUCCAUGCAACCACUCUUGGAGGGGGAAUACACCCUGGAAGAUCUGCUGGGCUUGAUUGAGACUAGGAAACAGACAUUCUGGGGCAAAGUCAGCCGCGCUUUGCGCAAUGACAGCAAGACCAAGAAGAAGGGCAUUUUUGGUAUCCCACUCGAGACUCUUGUCGAACGGGAAGGCGCGGAAUCGACCAACGGAGUUGGGCCAGGGGCCUUGCGAGUUCCUGCAAUUGUUGAUGAUUGUGUCGCUGCGAUGAAACAGAUGGACAUGUCUGUCGAAGGAGUUUUCCGUAAAAACGGCAACAUCAAACGGCUGAAAGAGGCAUCCGAAGCAAUCGACACCAACCAAACACCAGACCUCAACCGCGAGAACCCUGUGCAAGUAGCCGCGCUUCUGAAGAAGUUCUUGAGAGAAAUGCCAGAGCCUUUGCUGACAUUCAAACUGCACAAACUGUGGAUAACAUCCCAGAAGAUUGUUGAGGAGGAACGUCGGAGGCGCGUUUUACACUUGACAUGUUGCUUAAUGUCCAAAGGUCAUCGUGACACCAUGGAGGUCCUCUUCUCUUUCCUUAAGUGGGCGGCCUCAUUUUCGCAAGUUGACGAAGAAUCCGGGAGUAAGAUGGACAUUCACAACUUGGCCACUGUCAUGGCUCCCAAUAUCUUGUACGCAAAGGAGAAAUCGCCCAAUGCUAAGCAGCCUCAUGUUCCUCAAGUCGACGACAGUUUCCUUGCCAUCGAAGCCGUCAAUACCUUGAUCGAAUACAACGACUACUUUUGUCAAGUACCGGAAGAUUUACAAUCUAUUCUGAGUGACAGCAGCCUUCACGCCGGCACUGCAGAAAUCACCACCAAGGAGAUAUUGUCGAGAUAUGGUCACAUUGCAAAAGGUCAAAUACAAAAGCAGACUGUGCAACCAGCAGAUGGAUCCAUGCGCAGUCCCGUAUCAGCUUCGAAUUCCAUCGGACCUGUGGCCACCCGCGUUGAUGUUGAUCCUUCUCAAGCGACAGCGUGGCAGAAGCAGAGCUCUGUCCGUCCUGUACAAAACACAACUACGGCCGCACCUGGUUCUCAUAAUGACUUCAACUUUAGCGCUCCGAACAGUCCUUAUGUCAGAGAUCGAGCUGGCAGUUCCGGAAGUGGCGGCAGCCAUGGAGGCACCCCUUCUGGCAGACAAAGUUUCCAGCCAAGACCUGGCCAGAUGGGCAUUGCAGGCUAAUCAGUUGUCUCCAAUAUUACCAAAAAUAUUCAGCAUAUUGUGGCGUUUUUCACCUUUGUGGGUUAUGAUCGGUCACCCAGGGGUCUAUUUCAGGGGACUAAAAUGGUGGUCCUUGUGCAGCUGCCAUGGAGAAAGCUGUGGAAAGCAUUGAGCUGCGUGCUCAUUGCGAGAACGAACUUGACGACAUUGACAUUUUAUUUCUUUUGUUCAUUGCUCUUACGGCCUCAAGAGCAACAUCUCGCCGCAAAGUUCGGCAAUUUUCCAAGCUCUUGCAACAUUGGCUUUCACUUCUUGCCGACAUCAUUGCGGUCAUGUUAAGCACUGCGUGCGGUAUGCAUUGCACCUUGACAGCAGGCGAACUCGGAAUUUCGCAGAACUUUUUUUAGUCAACAAAUCCUCGCAUGCUGGUAUUGAGCGCCAGUGGCGUUUAUUCGUCCAGCAUAACUAUGCUCUUUUACUUGUUGGGAUAUGACUCUUGGAAAACCUGAGGGGUGUUGGAUAUUCUGGUCAGGUAGCCUCAGAAUGACACAUCAGAUUGAAGAGCGAAGGGACACUUGGACACUUCCGCUACUAUUCAUCUUCUGAUCUUGAGGCACCUACAAUGAUUUUGUUGGAGUAUUUACGAAACAACAAAUUGCUCUCGCGCCCAUUACCCCAUGUCAUCAUAUGACUCGAGAGGAACUCAUGGCUUUGUCCGCACGGGGCAACCUCAUCCGUACUUGGAUGCUAUUCGGAACAAAACAGGAGGAAGUUUGGGCCAUCGGGACUGAGGCAUAUGCGGAAACUGGGGAAAUGACUAGGGCUGAAUGAGCGGACAGGCAAAGGCUUUCAUCAUUCGAGUUGUUAAUCUCAUGUCUAGUUGAGCGAGUCUCCUGCGGGCAUCUCUCAAGGUCAAACGACCUUCCUGAGAUAGCGAAUCCAGUUCAAAGACAGGAAAUUUCACGGCCGAUGAGUCCAUCGUGUGCUUUUCUUCUUCUACUGAUUACCUAGCAUUCUAUCCAUGACUCUUCCUAGCCUCUCUACUGCAUCGUCCGUGAUCUG